CUUAGUCAGUCUACGUUUAUUGUUGCUCACGAGCGGUUUCGGUUAUCAGUGUCUGCUCGUUCACCGAUUUUUAUGUUAUUCUUUCGUUGAUCUAUAGUGAUUCUUUUGGAUUUUUGUUCUGGUUUUGAAUUUACUUCAACAUUUGCCCUUUUUUUUAAACUUCGAAAAUGGCUCGCGCCCUGAUGAGGUUGGCAAAAUUUGUCGGUUCAAACUACACCAACAAUGUAGUGCCGCUUUCGGUGACAUCAGUUCGAAAUAAGUCCUCCGAUGCUAGAAUACAAGCCAUCAAUCCAGUCGUCGAGAUGGAUGGUGAUGAAAUGACGAGAAUAAUUUGGCAAUUCAUUAAAGAGAAACUUAUCUUCCCCUACGUUAAGGUCGAGUGUCUCUACUACGAUCUUGGUCUACCGUACAGAGAUCAAACUAACGAUCAGGUGACGAUCGAUGCUGCAAAUGCAGUUUUAAAACACAAUGUUGGGAUCAAAUGCGCGACGAUUACCCCGGAUGAGCAACGCGUAAAAGAAUUCGAUCUAAAGAAAAUGUGGCUUAGCCCCAACGGAACUAUUCGUAACAUUCUUGGUGGUACUGUGUUUCGUGAGCCAAUUUUAUGCAAAAACAUUCCGCGUCUUGUGCCCGGUUGGACUAGACCUAUCAUUAUUGGUCGUCACGCUCAUGGUGACCAAUACAAGGCACAAGACUUUGUCGUAACUAAACCGGGUACAGUGAAACUUGUCUUCAAUGGCGAUGAUGGAACGUCCGAAGAACAUCAGCUAUUCAAAUAUAAGGGAGGAGGCGUUGCGAUGGGAAUGUACAACACCGACGAGUCUAUUACGUCCUUUGCACACUCAUCAUUCCAAAUCGCACUAUCUAAAAAGUGGCCGCUAUAUUUAUCCACUAAAAACACGAUCUUAAAGCGAUACGAUGGUCGGUUCAAAGAUAUCUUUCAAGAAAUUUAUGAAAAACACUACAAAAAGCAAUUUGAUGAUGCCAAAAUUUGGUACGAACAUCGUUUAAUCGACGAUAUGGUAGCCCAAGCCUUGAAAUCGGAUGGAGCUUUUGUGUGGUCCUGUAAAAACUACGACGGAGACGUCCAGUCAGAUAUUAUAGCCCAAGGUUAUGGAUCGCUUGGACUUAUGACUUCUGUUCUGGUGUGUCCAGACGGUAAAACUAUUGAAUCCGAGGCUGCUCACGGAACAGUCACGCGUCAUUACAGAGAACAUCAGAAAGGCCGACCGACAUCGACAAACCCGAUUGCAUCUAUCUUUGCCUGGACUCGAGGAUUAGAACAUCGUGCGAAGUUGGAUAGUACUCCUGAACUGGGUCGCUUUGCUACUGCUCUAGAGCGCGCUUGCAUUGACUGUGUUGAAUCUGGGAACAUGACGAAAGAUUUAGCAAUUUGUAUUCAUGGCAUGAAAAACACAAAGGAAGGCAUGUAUUUGAACACACAGGACUUCUUAGAAGCGAUUGCUAAGCAGCUAGAAAAAUCAUGGAAAAAAUGAGAAUAUCAUUAAGAUGAUUACUUAAUUACAUAAAUAAAUCGAGAUAUACCACAAAACA